AUGCAAAGCGCACCGAAAAGAGCUCAUGAAGAAAUGAGUCUGCUGGUCCUCAAUGAUCACAACGCGUGGUAUUACCCCUCGCAAGGCGUAAGUUCAGAUGAUGAAGACCUGACAGUCAGCAUAGUGGGCGGAAACUGGGGAAACAAGAUGAGGAAAAACAGUAGAUGGGUUCGCAAAGGAAAAAUGGCUGCGUGGGGCCCUGGCAUGGACGACUGGGAGGCUGAGGAUCGUGCCCGUAAACGCAUUAAAUGUCUGUUACCCGAAAGAAGAUCGCCCUCCCCACCUUGCCUUCCCCAUAUGCGGUCGCCUUCACCACCAUUUCUUGCUCCCUAUCCACCGCCUAUCAGUCAGCAUUUCAGUUUCGCCUCAUUUGUCAUGGAUAAGUCUGUGACGCAUUCGUUCCGGUCAAGUUUGUUGGAUGAACUGGAAUAUGCUACCAAUAGUCUUAUUGAAGGAGAAGCGGUCAUGAGACGUGCUCUUGGGCGGCUCUGGCAAGUUAUCAGCGAAGACCCGGACAAACAAUUGGAUGAGGAGCGUGUGAUUCCGAAACAGGAAGAGCAGGAAGAUAUCGAAGACGAAGAAGACGAGCAGGAACGUAGGGUGGCACGCGCUCCAGAUCUUACCCCAACAGCUCAUAAACUUUUCCUGGUUUCGUAUGCCGACAAUGGUCCACCUAUGCAGCAGGAUAGUCUAGAAAAGUCUCUAGCAACUUUGCGGGAGCUACAAGACGAUGGGAGGGAGUAUGUCGAGCGUCUUCAGGAAAUUAGGGAGGGUCUUGGAGAUACUCGAGCACAACGGAAUAUCAUCUGGGAGAUGGUGCGGGAAAAGGCUGUGAAGGAAUUUCAGGAUGCGGCCUUUAGCGUCGCUGUGGACUGA